UCCGUUUCGGCACUCGAUUCACUCCGGUUGGUCCGCGUUUCCGCCGCGAGCGUGUCUCUUUUCGCCUGCGACACGGAAUCAUGGCGGUGGGCAAGAAUAAGGGUCUUUCGAAAGGAGGAAAGAAGGGCGUGAAGAAGAAGAUUGUGGAUCCCUUUACUCGUAAGGACUGGUACGAUGUCAAAGCACCAUCUAUGUUUGCCAACCGGCAGGUUGGAAAAACCUUGGUCAAUAGGACUCAAGGAACAAAGAUCGCUUCCGAGGGUUUGAAGUUCAGAGUUUUCGAAGUAUCUCUCGCUGAUUUGCAAAGCGAUCAGGAUGCAGAGAGGUCUUUCCGAAAAUUUAGACUAAUUGCCGAAGAUGUCCAAGGCCGUAACGUAUUAACUAAUUUCCACGGGAUGGACUUGACAACGGAUAAGCUGCGAUCGAUGGUGAAGAAGUGGCAAACCUUGAUUGAGGCCAACGUCGACGUCAAGACCACGGACGGCUAUCUGCUUCGAGUUUUCUGCAUUGGUUUCACAAAUAAAGAUCAGCUGAGCACGAGGAAGACGUGUUACGCCCAGCACGCGCAGGUUAAGAAGAUCAGGCAGAAGAUGGUUGAAACUAUUACGGAAGACGUUACCAAGACCGAUUUAAAAGGCGUGGUUAGCAAACUGCUUCCGGAUGCCACGGCUAAGGACAUCGAGAAAGCCUCGCAGGGUAUUUAUCCUCUGCACGACGUUUACAUUCGUAAGGUGAAAGUGUUGAAGAAGCCGCGCUUCGAGCUCAGCAAAUUGCUGGAGCUGCAUGGAGACGGAGGUGGUAACAAGAGCGAGGAGGCCGGCGAGACUGGUUCGAAAAUAGACAGACCGGAGGGUUACGAACCACCAGUACAAGAAUCCGUUUGAAGAUGAGUGUUUUAAAAUCUUUCAUAAAAAUAAAAACCAAGAUGAUUGUGUAAA